AUGAUGUUGCGUUGUGUAUUUUGUUUUCUGGCUUUUCUCUUGAGUGUUGCCUGUGUUUGUCUGGCGGGGUCUGAUGCUGGGGUUGAUCCACCACCACCUCCACCACCUCCCCCACCUCUACCAGCUGCUGGUGGUCCUUGUCCUGAAGGUGUUAAACCUUCUGAUGAAAAACCUUGUACACCUGCCCCUUCUGGUGCUAAAGCUGAAUCUCCUGGUAGUUGUCCUGCAGGUCACACUCCUUCUAAUGAUGAAACUUGUUCUGCCUCUCCUGCUGUUGGUACUUCUUCACAGCCUGGUGUUUCUCCUUCUCCACCUGUUGGUGGUGGUAAAGAUUGUACUCAAGGUAAGACUGAUCUUCCGUGCCCUACUACCGGUAGUGAACGUGAAGAUGCUCCUACUGAGGAUUGUACGAAAGCUUCAGGGAGAGGCAAUUGCGUAGCUAAUGGUCGUGACGGUGAAGGCAGGUGCAAUGAAGGUUCUAAUCCUAAUUGUUCUUCAGCCAGAGGAACGGAUCAGGCUUCUCACAGUGAACCCGGUUCUAUUGGUUCUCCAGGUGUUCCUGUUACUUGUUCUGGCGCUACUUGUGCUUCUGUUGCUGGUGGUUUAUCUGGUGGGGGUACUCAUAUUCAACCUCAAACUAAACGUCCCGCGCAAACACCUGCACCAGCUGAAACACCAAAACCUGCCGGAACUAAUGCUCAAGAAGGCCCUCAAAGUCCUUCCGAUAAACCUGGUACUGAAGCUUCUGAUUCUCACGUUGAAGGAGCUGGAGAUGCUGGUGCCGGUUCUGACGCUGCUGCCUCUGAGGGGGGUGGUGGUGCUUCUCCUGCAGGAGACCCGCAAUCUGGAGAGAGUGGAAGAAAUGAAAAUGGAGCAGCGAAUACAUCUUCCCCUGCCAAUUCAGACACUGAGGGUAGCAGUGGUUCUAGUGCCGCAACA